UGAAUAAACUUCAACAACUGAAACCACCCAAAUAUUUUCAAGAGAUGUCGAAACCACAGCCGAAGAAAAUCGAAAAGGAACCACCGUGUUAGUCGAGGUUGCCAAGUCGGCAUUUCUUCCUUUUCUUUUCGCCGAGAGUCCGUCACAAUGGUGAAGAUCUUCAAGCCCGGCCGCGUGGUUAUCAUGCUUGGUGGCCGUCACACCGGCAAGAAGGGCAUCGUGGUUAAGACCAACGAGGAGGGCACCCGUGACCGUCCCUUCGAGCAUGCCCUGGUUGUAGGCAUUGACCGCUACCCUCGCAGAGUCAAGAAGUCAAUGAGCAAGAGCAAGAUUGCCCGCAGGUCUACUCUCAAGCCUUUCAUCAGGAUCGUCAACCUGAAGCACAUGAUGCCCACUCGUUACACCACCACAGAUAUUGUCUUUAACAAGGAUAAGGUGAACAAGGAGGUACUCAAGGAUCCUGGCCGAAGGCAGAAGCUGCGCCAGGUUGUCAAGGCUCAGCUUGAAGAAAGGUACAAGACUGGCAGGAAUCGCUGGCUUUUCCAGAAGCUGAGGUUCUAAAUAAAUUUGCGAAUUUUGA